AUGAAACUAUCUUCACUACUAUCAAUCACUGGAUUGCUUUCAUUCGCAAUUGCUAAGAACAUUGCAGGUAUCCAAGGUUUAAAUUUCCAAAUAUCAAAAGGUGAUUCAUUCGCCACUUCACAUAAUUCUAAAAAACCAUAUUUAAUCAAGAGAGAUGGCCCCGAGGGAACUAUUGAAACUGAAUUAAUAAAUGAAAUAUCUUUUUAUUCUGUGAAUUUAAGAAUUGGGGAUCAUGAAGAUGAAGUUACUGUGCUUGUUGAUACUGGGUCUUCAGAUCUUUGGGUUACAGGUUCAAAUAAUCCAUAUUGUUCAACAGGUUCAAAUUCAAGAAGAGAACUAGGUGGUGAAGGUCAAUCAAAGGGAAGAUUAAUUAGUGAUUUGAAUAUACCCAAUCUAGAUAAUAUUCAUAAAAAACCAGAUUCAACUAAUAAUGGUGGGACACAAGGUUCUCAAACAAGACCAAGUUCAUCACAAGCUACAAUAGAUUGUUCAGAACAUGGAACAUUUGAUAUAAGUGGUUCAUCAUCAUUUCAAUCCAAUAAUACAGAUUUUUAUAUCGUUUAUGCUGAUAGAACUUUUGCUCGUGGAACAUGGGGUUAUGAUAAUGUUAAUGUUGGUGGAACAAAUGUAUCAAGUUUAUCAUUUGCUGUAGCAAAUCAAACAAAUUCCACUGUUGGUGUGUUAGGUAUUGGCCUUGAGGAGUUAGAAACCACAUAUUCUGGAACUUCAAAUAGAGGGUCUCCAUAUAGGUAUAGAAAUUUACCAUCUCAAUUAGUUCAAGAUCAAUUAAUUAAUAAGAGAGUUUAUUCAUUAUUCUUGGAUUCAAGUGAUGCAGAUUCGGGUACUAUAUUAUUUGGUGGUGUUGAUCAUUCAAAAUAUUCAGGUACGUUAAUAACAGUACCAAUGAUUAAUACAUUACAAUCUCGUGGAUUCCAAAAUGUUAUAAGAUUAGAAAUUACACUUUCUGGGGUUGGAUUACAAAAUGAUCGUACUGAAAGAACAGUGACUACACAACGUUAUCCUGCAUUAUUGGAUUCGGGGACUACUUUAACUUAUAUGCCUUCUCAGUUGGUUAGACAAAUUGCUAGUGUAUUGAAUGCAGAUUAUUCAAGAAGUACAGGUUAUUAUAUAACAAGAUGUUAUGGUGCCAAUGAUGGAUAUAUAGUUUAUAAUUUCCAAGGUAAAUUGAUUCAUGUCCCAUUACAAGAUAUUGUCUUGAGAACUUCAACAUCAAAUUCUCAAUGUGUCCUUGGGUUAUUUGAAUCUGGUGAUGAUUCAUUAAUCUUGGGAGAUUCAUUUUUAAGAUCAGCUUAUGUUGUUUAUGAUUUAGAUGAUUUAGAAAUUUCCCUUGCACAAGCUAAUUAUGAUUCAGGGGAUUCACAAUUUGAAGUUAUUUCAGAUUCUGUACCAAGUGCUUCCAGGGCUUCAGAUUAUAGUUCUACAUGGGAAGAAAAUGAUAGUAGAAGAACUGAUGAUUCAAAUGGUAAUAUUUUCACAAAUUCUGAUGAAAGUCAAGCAGUUUCAACAAGUGCUGGUGGUGGGAAUGAUAAUAGAAGUGGUUCAUCAAGUACAAGUUCUAGAGCAUCAUCAACUAGUAGUUCUGGGAUUGGAUCAAGUUCAAAUUCAAAUACUGGUAAUAAUAGAGAUAGUUCAGCUUCAAAUUUACAAAAUUCAUCUUGGUUAAUGAUUUUAAUGAUUUUUGGGUUAACAAUUGGUGUUAUUAGUAUUUAA